AUGACCCAGGACAGCCACGCCUUCACCGGCACCGAGACCCGCAACAUCACGUUGUACAUCAUCGGCAUCAUGACCUACAAGUUCUCUCUCGAGACCAUGAACGCAUGCAUGUCCGGCAUUGUCCUCAACCGCCUCGCACAGUCCGCUGGACCGGGUGUCGUCUGGGCCAACCUCGUGGGCAUCAACCUGGGCUGCCAGUGCCUCGGCUCGCUUCUUGUCGGGCCCCUGGUCAAGCGAUACCAGGCCAAGAACGUCCUCUCGCUGGCCAUCCUGCUGUUUGGCAUCGCCGUCGUCACCAUCCCGAUCCUUGAGGGCGCCACGGGCGGCACUAUCCCCGCCGUUCUCAACAAAGGCUCCAGCAUCAAGUCGACCUGGGGCGGGUGGACCCCGUAUCUCAUCUUUGUGUUCUUUCCCCUUGCGGGCAUCUUCCAUGGAAUGGUCGAGCUCAUGCGCCGCGUAAUCCCCGCCGAUCUUGUGGGAGGCGAUGCUCUCAAGCUCAAGCGCCUCGAUGCCACCGUCCAUAUCUUUUACGAGAUCACCGGCACUGCCGGCGCCAUCCUGGCUUCGAUUUGGAUCAGCUACUUUGGCUGGGGCUUUGCUCUCGGCUUGCUGCCCGUGGGCUUCACCCUCUCGUCGUGCAUCUGGUUCCUGAUCACCACCCGGCCCGAGCGUAUCAAGUUGCAUGAGGAGUUCAAGCAGGCCGAGCGAGACAUUCCCUUCGGCCAGCGGCUCGGCGCCGUUGUCUACUCGUUCUUCCACUCGGUCUACUUGGGAGCCAGGCUUGUCUGCAGCCAGCGAGCGCUUGUCUGGCUCCUUCCGGCCUACACACUUCCGCUGGUUCUCCACCGCUAUCUCGAAAACACCCUGGCGCCGUUCUAUGCAAAGUCGGUCCUUGGCAACUCGGACAUGCAGACCAUCAUGGUUGGUGGCUCCAACUUUGGUGAGCUGCUUGGUGCCCUGACGGUGCUGUUGCUGGCCCGACAGGUCAAGACCCCGAUUCCCUUCCUGCGCCUCGAUGCCAUCCUCCUGCUGCUCAUUUGGGCGCUGCCCUUCAUUCCGGUCGACAAGUCCGACAUCGUUGGUUUCACCUGGAAGCUCACCCCUCUGAUGGCCACGAUCUCGUUUGGCUGGGCCGCGGGCGAUGUCUCGCUGGCCGCCUUUGUGCAAUCGCGCCUCGAGGACUAUGCCAACAUCGACAAGUACACCUCGCCGCUCAGCGCCGUCAUGUCGUUCCUGUACGUCGCCUACCUGCUUGCAUUCUACAUCCUCAACCUGCUCAUGGGCACUGUCCGCGACGACUUUGUCCUCAACAACAAGAGCCUCCGCGACCUGUUUAUCUACAUUGGCGGUGUCUUCAUGACCCUCGCGGGCAUCGUUAUCGUUGCCUCGACCUUUAUCCCUCGCGGAUCCUUCGCCAUGAACCCCGACCCCGACACUGUCGAGUUUAACGAUGACAUCCAAGUCACUGGAAUCGACAAGAAGCCUGCUGACGAGAAGAAGGGAGAGCUGGACGACACCAAGGUCGUGUCUCUGAUCGCCGCCUGA